AUGCCUUUCAGUGAUCUAGAUUCUACAACUCUAGAGAAGGUUUAUAAUUCUGGAGAUGCCAUUCUUUCAUAUUUUUUGUUGAUCCUUACUAUAUUCUUUAAUGCAGAUGAUAACACAGAUGUUGGUGAAGAAGACAGCUUCCUAGGCCAGACAGCAACAAAUGUGAACCCCCCAUCUACAUUCAGUUAUUUCUCUCAAAUUCCUAGCAGUAGUGAUCCCUUUGGAAGCAUUGGACAACCACCCUUAGGAGUGGCAACCUCAACCCAAGCUGGAACAUUUGUUUUCCCUAAACCUCCAGUUUCUUUCCCUCUUCUUCCUUCAUCACAAGAUGGGCCAAAUGUAUUUUCAGCUUCCACUCCAAAAUCACAAUCUUUUAAUACUCCGUCUACUUCAGUGCAAGGAAUUGGAACUUAUCAAACACCUCAGCAAAGUGGUCCUCCACCAGCUGUCUUUUCAACACCACCUCAGGGAGCAUCACAACAAGGUUAUAACCCCUAUCGUCAUACUAACUUAAGUAGUAGAGCCAAUCCUUAUAUCACUCCCCCACAGCUUCAACAGACACAAGCACCUGCCCAGAGUCUGCAGCCUUCACCUUUGGUACCACCUAUGCAGAAGUAUCCAACUCCUGCAGGACCAAUCCCACCGUCAGUCCUAUCACCUCAGACAUCAAUGUUAGCAGGCCCACUUGUGAAGGCACCACCAGUCUUAUUACAAAACCAAUAUGAACCAGUUCAGCCACAUUGGUUUUACUGUAAGGAAGUGGAAAACAAGGAACUAUGGAUGCCUUUCAGUGAUCUAGAUUCUACAACUCUAGACAAGGUUUAUAAUUCUGUGCAACCUGAUCCAGAGAGUGUGGUCUUGAGUACUGAUGGAGGACGUUAUGAUGUUUAUCUAUAUGACCGUGUGAGAAAAGCUGUAUAUUGGGAAGAACAACAAUCUGAAGUAAGACGAUGUACUUGGUUUUAUAAGGGAGAUAAGGACAGCAGAUUUAUUCCUUAUACGGAGGAUUUCAGUGAAAAACUAGAGGCAGAGUAUAAGAAAGCUGUUACCACAAAUCAAUGGCAUCGGCGAUUAGAAUUUCCAGGUGGAGAAACUUUCGUUAUGCAUAAUCCUAAGGCCAGCAUUAUCUACCUUUCCCGGAAUAUUAAAAAAAUAACAUUGCCAACUAUUGGACGCCUCCGCCACUUCACCAAUGAGACUUUACUUGAUAUCCUGUUUUACAAUAGCCCCACUUACUGCCAAACAGUUGUGGAGAAAGUAACAGUAGAGAUGAACCAUCUUUAUGCACUAUUUAUGAGCAGAAACCCUGACUUUAAAGGAGGAAUCUCUGUUGCUGGCCACAGUUUAGGAGCCUUAGUUCUAUUUGACAUACUGUCCAAUCAGAAGGAUUGGACGUCUGCAGUUAAUUCUGCUCCUGUUGCUUCCAACGGUGCCGUGAAAGAUGUGACAGAUGACCAGCAGUUGCUGUGUACAAUUGAUGACCUGAAGGAAAUGGGAAUACCUCUUGGGCCUCGGAAGAAGAUAGCAAAUUUUGUAAAAGACAGAGCAGCCAAACAGCUUGAUCCAGUGGCAUACAGGCUAGAACCUAUGAUUAUUUCUGAUUUUGAUGUGAAACCAGUCCUCAUUCCACACCACAAAGGCAGAAAAAGACUCCACCUUGAAUUGAAAGAUUCUCUCUCUCGUAUGGGAUCAGACUUGAAACAAGGCUUUCUCAGCUCUUUGAAAACUGCUUGGCAAACCCUUAACGAAUUUGCACGUGCCCAUACGUCUUCUUCUAUACUCCAAGCAGAAUUGGAGAAAGUGGCCCACCAGAUUAAAGCAGAAGAGGAAAAAGAUGAGGCAGAAGAAAAGAUAGUGGAAAGUCCAGAACUUUCAAAGGAUGAAGACUUGAGUAUAAAAAUUGGUUUGCUAAAUGGAGGCCGUCGUAUUGAUUAUGUUCUUCAAGAAAAACCUAUAGAAAGUUUUAAUGAGUAUCUUUUUGCUCUACAGAGUCACUUGUGCUAUUGGGAAUCAGAAGAUACUUCUCUACUUCUUCUAAAAGAAAUCUAUAGAACUAUGAAUGUUUCUCCUGAACAACCACAACAUUGAUAUUAGAACACCUGUAAUAUAAAAUGUCAAUUCUCAUCUUUGAUUUGGCUUGCUAACAGCCUUUGAAGAAAAAGAUACCAAUUCCCUAUCCAUAGAUGACAGAAGUUGUUUCAGUAUUCAGCACUCAGUUUCUAAACCACCUUUUUGGGUCAUUUAGAAAAGAAAACAUCGGAUGUAGAAAAAAAGGUUUUUUUUAAAAGAACAUAUAUACUGUUUUCAUAGUCUUGAAUCACUUGUGGCAUUUUUGCCAAACUUUAUCUUUAAAAAAAGAUAAACGCAAAUUAAUAAUUUCUAAUCUGUCUAGUUCCUAAGGUUAUCAGGCCUGUGUUUUUGAUCAGGAUUCUAUUUUUAAAAUAAUAUCUUCAUGGUAAAUAGCAAUAAUGGUUUUAUUUAAUAAAUCCAUUUGAUCUGAUUUCUUUAAAAAAUGUAAACUUAACAUCAAAUUUUGUUAAUGUACCUUUACCUGAAGCCAUUAUAUUUUCAAAAUAAUUAGAAUCAUUUCCAUGCAACAUCAGAGUUACCAUUACAUUUUUAUAAAAGAGUUCUGAGCCUCUGAAAGAGAUGCAUUUUUAUUUUUGUGACACGAAACUUUAUUCUAAGUUAUAUAGAGAAUUGUUGUAAACUUAGCAUUUGUACUUCUUGUUUAUUUGUCUGCUUAUUGAGUGGAAACCAAUGAGCUAAAUUUGGUUUGGCAUUGAUGAACCUGCUAGGAUACAUGACUUUAUAUGUGAUUUGAGGACUAGACCUAGAAAAAUAUCUGCAUUUAUGGCCCUGGGGUUGGAGGAAUGCUUUAGUUAGUCCUGACAUUGCCUAGUUUUCAUAGCAAAAUAUUUGAGAGUUUCAUUGAAUAAAUUUAUCAACACUGGA